ACAGGUACACCAUGCGGUCGUUGCAGCACUGGAGUCGAGCAGCUUCGUGUUUUUGUGCCCUCCCCGUCACGGCUUUCAUCGCACCUACAUUCUCUCAGUCCUGCAGCGACGUUGCUUCUUCUCCCUCCUCAACGCGACGAGGCCUUACCACAAUGAAUGUCAAGAUCGCAGACGUAUUGAAAGACCCAAAGUGGCCAGAGGAGCCAUUUUUCCGCCCGACUGAUUGGCAACGGCAAGACGAAUCGAGCGAUACGUCUUUCUACUCCAGCCCUCGCUUCGUCACCCACAUCGAUGACCCGGCCAUAAAGGCGUUAACAGACUAUUACGCAGUGACGUUUCCGCCGAACGCGGAAGUGCUCGACAUCUGCUCGAGUUGGAUCUCCCACUACCCCGAGGGUGCCAAGAGGAAGCGGACGGUGGGGAUGGGCAUGAACAAAGCGGAACUCGCCAAAAACAAGCAGUUGGACGAGUACGUGGUCAAGGACCUCAACGUGGACCCCACCCUUCCCUUCUGCGACGAGAGUUUCGACGUGGUCACCUGCGUGGUGAGCGUCGACUACCUCAUCCGCCCGCUUGAGGUCUUCGCGGAGAUCGCGCGGGUCUUGAAGCCGGGCGGGACCUGCAUUAUGAGCAUGUCCAACCGGUGUUUCCCCACCAAAGCCGUCUCCAUUUGGCUCGAGACGGGCGACGCUGGCCAUGUCUUUAUCGUGGGCGCGUACUUUCGGUACGGAAGUCCCUUGUUCGAGCCUCCGACAGCGGUGGAUAUCAGCCCCAACCCUGGUCGGAGCGACCCUAUGUUCAUCGUACAGGCCGCCAAGAAAAAAGAGGCCACGUCGGGGUGAGCGUGAGGGGUUGCGGUGUGAGGGCUGAGAUACUAGAGUGGUAGGACGAUGGGAAUCCG